AUGCUGGCAAAAAUAAAUUGGGAAAAAUUUAAGUCACUUGUAGCGACGAGCCAGAUCAAAUGGAAAUUCAACCCCCCAUCCGCACCAUGGUGGGGUGGAUGGUGGGAGCGCCUAAUCAGAAUCAUAAAGGAUUUAUUAAAAAGGACCCUCAAAAAGACGCACGUCUCAUUCGAAGAAAUGAGCACUAUUCUAUGUGAAUGUGAAGCAAUUGUAAACUCUCGACCAAUAUCUCAGGACGACGAACAAUUAAUAGCCAUUUCACCCGGGCUGUUGCUCAAAGGAACAGAGUUUGAAGGUGCACCUGAUCUCGACCAUUUGGAAAAUAUAUCGCUUGGUCGUCACAUGAGAUAUCGGCAACGGCUACGACAAGAGUUGAGACGUCGCUUCCGAGACGAGUACCUGGGCCAACUCGCGAGGCACUCCAAAACGACACACAAUCUUGCAACUGUGAAGCCUGGAGAUGUUGUGCUUGUGGCCAGCGACAAUCAAAAACGGCUGAAUUGGCCACUCGCUCGGGUGACCGACAUCGUGCCCGGUAAGGACGGUGUGCCACGAAUCGCAAGAUUGAGGACGGCCAAUAGCAAAUUGAUUCGACCUCUACAACGAUUAAUAUUGCUGGAAAGCUCUCCGUUUGUCAUGGUUAAUGACUCAAUGCAAGAUAAGAUACAAGAUGCUGAGUCGGAUAAUCAUAGGAAGGACGAAAUCGACGUCGAAGAUUCCCCGUUGAAGGAGCCUGUCCAGAAUAAAUCUACUUCACUUCAAGAAAGGAUUCACUUCAAGGAAGAUUAA